CGCAGCAACCGGAGAGGAGUUUUGAGCACGCGACUCGUGUGUGUCUGUCCGGAGAGCACUGCCCCGGGGCCACUCUGCGCACUUGUCGGGACUUAUUCGCACUUACCUGUCAUGGCCCGUCUGCUACACGGCGCUGCUACUGCCGCUGACUGGUGCGAGCUGAAGGAGCUUCCAUCCGAGGCCGGGCUCUUGGCCAGAGAUUACCUACUAGACAGCAGCGACCCCCGCGCCUGGCUCUCCGCCACUUCCCUGCAAAGUCGCCCUGAGUACGUGCUGCACCCCCCGGGCCGGGCGCACAAGGUGCGGGAACUGUGCAAACUGAAGGGGCUGCGGGAUGAUGAUGAUGAGGAGGAGGAUGAUGAGGAGGAGGAAGAGAGAUCCGAGGGGCUGUGCAGACACAGGGGUCCCCCUGGCAAGGGCCCUGGUGGGGUUCAGAAGCAGAGGAGACUGGCAGCCAAUGCCAGGGAGAGGAGGAGGAUGCACGGGCUCAAUCAUGCCUUCGAUCAGCUCCGUAAUGUCAUCCCUUCCUUCAAUAACGACAAGAAACUCUCCAAAUACGAGACCCUGCAGAUGGCUCAGAUCUACAUCAACGCCCUGUCCGACCUGCUGCAGGCGCCCCCCGACUCCAGAGAUCCCCCCUGCCCGCCCACCUACCAACUGCAUUCGGGGCCAGAGCCCAGGUUAGGCCAGUCUGGCAGCUGCAUGAGAUUCUCCGGAGACUUCCCCGGACAGUCCCCUCUCAGCUUCCAAUUCCAGGAGGGAGCUGCUCUUUCCCAGAAGGGAAUAGGAUCUGCCCCAUCUUCAUCUUCGGGAGAAGACAGCAAGACAUCGCCAAGAUCUCAUCGGAGUGACGGCGAAUUCUCCCCUCAUUCGCACUACAGCGAUUCAGACGAGACCAGUUAGACGCACAGACACUGGGACUCAUCACAGACGCUCAUAUGUCUUCCACAAUCUUGGUGCGCUGCACAAAGACUACCCGAUCGAAUUUUCAGCAAACAGGCGUCAACUAGACACCACUUUUUUGACUUUUUCCCAUUUGGGAAUGUACCAGUCUCAAACUUUCUUAGUAGAACGGGUAUGGGGUGGGAGCCAUUAGAAUUAUGAAUAGCCAACCUGCCAUUCUGGCCUGUUGAACUACAACUACCAGCAUCCCGUGACAGCCAAAGGCUAGCGUUGGAUCCUGGGAAUUGUGGCACAACAGCAGCAGCUGAAAAGACUGGAAUGUUUGUCACUUCUGGUCAACAAGGUGUGAUUGCCAUUAACCCUUGCAUUGCCAGGAAGGUCUAAACAACCUGCUCCACACAUUACCUGGCACUGAAUGGGUUACACGUUUUGUAUCUUAAAUAUGUAUUCUGUUUUGCAUAGCCUGCGACAUUUCCCUUGGCUGUGCCAAGUCGCACGGUGCCUGUCCUUUAAUCUUGUUUCUUCAGCCCAAAUUAAAUGAGUUAAUGCUUGCCACCUCUCUGCAUAAUGAAAUGUAUCCUGACUGCCUAUUGCAACGUCUUCCAGGAAAAAAAUUUUUAAUGGCAUCUGACCCAACAUAUUGUAAAUAUUCGCUGCCUUCCCGUGUAAAUAACUGAGAUAUCCUAGUUUUUUAUACUUUAUAUAGCGUCAUGCGACACUGCACUUUAAUUACCAGCGAUGGCAAAAGAAUUACGUGAACCACAGACAGAGGGAAAUAAAUAUAAUUCAGUCUGCCAAUCUGCAAACAAGGUUUUUUUUUAUUUUAGUUAAGCCACUUAUUUAAUGAUUCUGAAUUCGCAAAGGGGAGGGAAAUUGGUUGUGUCAAAAAACUGUUUAUGUCUCUAUUCUUUGGCUUGUGAUUUUUAGAUAAUUAUUUAUUGUUGCGUUUGCUAAGUUUUCCUCGUUUUUUUUUUUUUUUACUUUUUCUAUGAAAAAAACCUUUUUAAUUUGAAAUUUAGCACCAUACACUGCAAUUGUUUAUU